GCAGAUUCCACCAACGAACCCCUUCCUUUGCCCUAUCGCCUUUCAACGUCAGCCAUCAUCGUCACGGCGCCGCUCUUUUAUUCCUAUAGGACUCUUCCCUUAUCUCUGCAUACCUACUAGGCACCUCUGUGCUCCUCUGCUCCUCUGCUUCUCUGCCUGAUCGAACCAAGGAUCCUUUCUUUUCCUCGUCGUCAUCUCGCGCCGACCGAGACCAGACAACUGUGGUACACGAGGCCACAUGGCUCGCCAGAGUCCCGAGUUCCACUCAGAGCCGCCGAUAUCACAGUCCUAUCAACGACCUCAUCGUCGAUAGCCCUCUCCGCCGCCCGGGCCUCCCCACCAUUCCAACCUCAGCAACGGUUGAUCCUCCCUGCGCCUCGCCGGCACAUGAGCAUCCCCACACGCCCUCGUACGAACCCCUACCGACCAGGCAUUGACGCCUCAAGUCCGUUGUCAGGAUCGUAGUCUUAUCCUGUGCCUACAACGCCUUCCCAUUCGACCUCGUCUCUCGCCCCCGCCCCUUCGCAACGAUAGACUGUCUCAGCAGCCAUGGUCGAGGCACACAAACCGUCCCUGCGCGAGGAAACCUCCGGGAAGCCGCUGCUGCAAAAGCACAAACACCGAGACUCCAACCUGCCCGCAGUCGACGAUUUCGACGAGGGCCAUUAUGGCCGUGGGCGCUCCCAGCAUAAUGGCUACUCCGGUGUUCCCGACCGACCUUCCUCCCCACGUGUCUCGACCGCAUCCUCCCGCCCAAGAUCCGGGCACAGCCAAGCAUCCGGGAGCGGUGCUGGUACGCCUCGGCGCCCAUCAUUUUCCAGACGGAGCACGUUACGCAGCCGAUCACCAAACACGAAUGCCCGCAUGGCCGCCCGCAGGAAGUAUACAUAUGCCGCCGUCUUUCUCAUUCUCGCCCUUGUCUCCUUCUGUGUACAGGCUGAAUCGGGUGCAUACGUCCAGAACGAGCUGGGAUGGAACAAGGCGUACUGCAUGCUGUACCUGACGCACGGGAGUUGGGUCAUACUGUGGCCCACCCAGCUUCUUAUCCUCCGCCUACAGAAGCGCGAUAUGCCAUGGAGCGUAUUUUGGAAAAAGCAUGUCUGGCUGGUCCGGACCACCGCGCAGAUGGUCGAAGGCGGCACGUUGGAAAUCCCCCACCACCGGUCGGCUCGGAGCCCCUUGCGCUACAUGGUCAUCACGACGGCCCUGGUCACGAGCGCACUUACCGUGGCCGGUCUGACCUGGUACGUAGCCGUGAACAUGACCACACCGUCAGACCUCACGGCUAUCUACAACUGCUCCGCCUUCUUCGCCUACGUCUUCUCCGUGCCGCUUCUCAAGGAGCCUCUACGCCUGGACAAGAGCUUCGCCGUCAUCAUCGCCAUCGUAGGUGUGCUGAUCGUUGCAUAUGGCGACACCAAGCCCUCGGACAAGGAGGCCGAUGCCAACCAUCGCUUGCUCGGCAACAUCAUCAUUGGCAUCGGCUCGGUUCUCUACGGGCUUUACGAGGUCCUGUACAAACGCUUCGCCUGCCCCCCUGAGGGCUGCAGCCCCGGGAGGGGCAUGGUGUUUGCAAACACUUUCGGCAGCUUGAUCGGGAGCUUCACACUCCUCGUCCUCUGGUUCCCAAUACCGCUUCUCCACAUCCUUGGCAUUGAGAAGUUUGCGCUGCCGACCGGUACCGCAGCAUUCUGGCUCGUCAUUUCCGUGGUCAUGAACGCGACCUUUGCAGGGUCCUUCCUCGUGCUCAUCAGCCUGACGUCCCCCGUGCUCAGCUCGGUGGCCUCGCUUCUGACCAUCUUCAUCGUCGCGCUGAGCGACUGGUUCCUCACCGGCGAGCCGCUCAGCUUCGCGGCCAUCGUGGGCGGCGUCCUGAUCAUCGCUGCCUUCCUCAUGCUGAGCGUUAGCACCUGGCGCGAGAUCCAGGAGGAAGAGAAGAGAAAGAGCGUCGAGUUCGACGAGGCAGACCUCGAGCCCGACGAGGAUGAUGACGCGAGCGACAAGGCUAGCCUGGUGAGCAACCACGACUAGGAGCCGAGGGUACGCUCGUCCUCCCGCGGGACUGUGCCGCGGCCUAGGUUUUCGAAGCCUCGAUGGCUGGACUUGUGAACAACAUGAAUUAGUGAUGGCGUUUUGGGUUAAUGUUCAUUGUUGAAUAGACACGUGGUUUCGGGCAGUACGAGGGAAAUGCAGGACAAGUCUGCAUUUCGGGGCUGCACUUUUGGAUUCAAAGUUUGGGCAGGACUUCUUCUGAGGUUCUAUAUGUAUGCGUGUGCAUAAACGGGCGAUACCCUUGGAUUGGCAUCUAUGGGGGUCUUUGUUUCACGGCCUUAAGGCUUGGCGUUAGGUAUAACCAAGGGGCGGCGCUGGAAUUGGAUCUAUGUAGCUGGGCCAGGACUAUAAAGCAUAGCCAAUAUUCACGUAUAUCAUUUCUAAGA